GUUGACUAGUUCAAACAGACCAAAAGAAACAUUCUUUGAUUGGUUUUUCAAUCCCUUGUUGAUCAUCAAGGACCAGAUAAAAGCAGAAAACCUAUCUGAAGCAGAAGAGGCCUACCUUUGCAUGUUAGUUCUGUUGAAUGGUGAUCCUUUGAGGUCGAAAAACUCAAACAUUGUCUCACCACCUGAAUCUGAGCGUAAACAGGCUGAACUUGAUGCAUUUGCUCGAAGGCUCCAAGGUAUCACUAAGUCUAUCUCAAGGUACCCAACUUUUAGGCGUCGAUUUGAGAAUCUUGUGAAUGCCAUAUCUGAUGAUCUUGCCCAGAAUGAUGGUAGCACCAAACCAACCGAUGGACCAAAAACAAUUCCAAGAUCAAAGAGUGCCCUUGCCCGAUUGUUCAGCCAGAAAUCUUUUAGUUUUACGAACAAAACAAGCAAUCAUGGGUAUGAUUCAGAAUCACAAACAGUCGUAAAUGAUGUGACAAUCACAUAAUGAAAUAUGUUAAAAGUAGCCUUUGUUUUCUCUCUUUUUUUUCUUCUUCUUAUUGGGUUUUUUUAGAGAUUAUUUUUGUUCAUUCUGCAAAGGGUAGUUAACCUAGAAGAAUGUAUUUUUCGAUAUACUGUAUGUAUUUUUCAAUGUACUGUAUACAAAUAUGAUUGCAAUUGCAAAGAGAUGAAUGUUGUUGGUGGAUCUGAUAUGAUA